AUGUGUGGUCCCAGGGUCACAGAGUGACUGAAGUGAAGGGACUAGUUGAAAUGAGUUGACUAUGCUGUUACUGAGUGGGCAGGAAAUGUCAGUAUAUUGCUCAACCUUCAGUGGCCUAAAUUCCUUAAACGCUUAUGAACACCACAACAUGGAGAAGACAGAACAGGGGGUCUUGCUGAGUGUACUUAUAACCAACUGUAUUACCAAUAAUAAAACACAAAUAUUUUGUCUUGUAAACAAACCUUACUGUUUGUGUUUCCUGCUGCCAGAGAUGAGGUUGUGACGGCAAUCUGUAAAUCAUGAAUCCAUCAGAGUAAUAUCAGUUCCUGCUAGUUAAAUACUCCGGUUGCUGAAAUGUGGCUGUAAAGGGGCGUGUUAACCCGCCCCCACCAUCAAACUGAGGGUAAAUUUGAGGGCACGUGUGUGUUUCAUGACCUUUAACUUUUUGAUUAGCCUACUUAAAUCUAGGUCUUCAGGUUUUUUUUUUUCAUUUUGUUGGCACGCACCUAUUUCCAUUCCACAGACCAUGUUGUGGUUGACCAAGGUGUGGUUAGUUAAUACCAAAGUGUUGAUCACUUAUCAGUUCUACACACAGGAAACUCUCAAACAGUGGGAGAUUUAGGUCUCAAACAACAGUAGUCUUUUUUUUUUCUUCACUGAGAAAUACGCAACCUGUUUUAUGCAGAUAAUGAACCAAUCAGAAGUGACAGAUGAGGCAGAAUAUAGGACAGGCUGCUGUUGGUAAAUCUUUUAGGUCUGCCGUUUACUGUAGAUGCCCAACUACAGUGGAGAAGACGCAGGACCACAGACAAGAUGCUGACAUAUAUCAUAUAUAUUUUCCUCCUCUGCUCUUUGUGUGUGGCGGAGUUCAGUGAGAUCUCUCAGCCCGUUCCCUUCCAGACAGCAAAGCUUGGAGACACGACAACUAUUGAGUGUGACAUAGACACUGCAAUGAACAAGGGAGCGUGGUACAAACUGACCACCGGGAACAGACUACAGCUUGUGGCAGAAAUGAACUUUCGCUAUAAUUUAACUACAGUUCCUGAUGAAUUUCAUCAACGUUACACAGUUAAAUCUGGCAGUCAUCUGAGUAUCACUGCUACCGUGUGGGAGGACGUUGGAACCUACUUCUGUGGAGUAAUGACCUUAAGCAACAUUGAGUUUGGAUCAGGAACCUUUCUAAUGCUGAAAGGUGCAAACAUGGUUGGUAGCUCUGUGGUCCAGCAGCCAGCGUAUCAAUCAGUCCAUCCAGGAGGUUCUGUGACCCUCAGCUGCUCUGUUCACACCCAUCACUGCUCAGCAGAUCACACUAGCUUCAUGUGGUUAAAAACCUCUGAGGGCUCUGGUCCAGAAAUAGUUUACUCCUCUGAAAAUAAGAGAAACAGCUGCCAGAAGAUGGAGGAUGAAACAACAUCAUGUGUGAACAACCUUGUGGUAAAGAACCUCGACACUGAUGCCGCUGGAACCUACUACUGUGUUGUGAUUUCAUGUGGAUGCGUGAGGUUUGGGAACGGAACCAGGAUCGAUAAAGUAGAAACAGCCUCCUUGAACCAGACUUCAACUUUCAUUGCACUGAUUCUGUCAAACAUCUUUCUUGGGCUUGUGAUACUUGGUCUCAUUUGGGCACUUUGCAUGAGUUGGAGGAGCAACUCUGCAGGGGUUACUGGACCUUGUGAAGGAAAUCAGACUGGUGAUGGUGUUAUCUAUGCUUCAGCUAUGUGUUUGUCCCCAAGAGGCGUCGACCUCACACAAGAUGCAGUGCAACACAGUGGAGACCUGGUAGUUUAUUCAAAAAUCAGAGACUUUCAACAGAACUCAGAACCACGUCUCUGAACCAGUCUUGGACAGUGAGCUUGGGUCUUGCUGACCUACGGUACAAACUCAUCACUUUGCUUCUUUAGCACCUAGCUGCAGAGCUUAUAUAUGUAUACAUGCGCUAUUUGUCUUUGACCUGAAAUUUGGCCAGUAACUAGACAAAACCAUCUAGAUUUAGUGCCUGCUACAAGGCUUGUGCUACUGUUUGUUACAUCUAACUGGUUGUGGUUAUGAAUUGUCAGCACACUUGAGAUGUGUACGCUUAAACCUUCUGCUAUUGUACAGCUGACCACGAUUUAAGCCGUGUGCAUUGUGAUGACUCACGUGUACAGUAAGUCAACAAGACCUCACAUCAUGCAGCACUGAAAACAGUGUAAGUUGGUCAGAUGGUAAAACAGAAACUUGGGCCUUGUUCUCUCAAAUCAUAAAUGCAUGCAUGAGAAAAGCAUCUCCUCUAGACUAUUAUUGCCUUUUGUAAACAGAAACAACAAGCGAGUGCAAGCUUUGCUGGCCACCUCUUUGUGUUUUGAGUCCUGUGGUGAACUGAGGUGUGAAGCAUUGCAGACCAGUUUCCGCUGGUGGAAACUUAGGUUCCAGCAUGUACACAGGAAGAGUGGCCUGUGGCCUCCGGGGACAACGUAAUCAGCACAAACGGAAGCCAAGACAUUUUGUAAAGGCAGCAUGUGUGACAAUGACUGUGUGAUUAGGAUGUUUUUUUGUAAUAAAGCCAUGGGUAGUAAGAGCUGAAAAUUUGUGUAAUAUUUAUUUUCUCAUUACCUUCUUUAAUUGAUUGUGACUAACGCACUAUGAGAGGAUGUAAAGUAUAAAUAAAUAAUAUGUAUAUAAGUAUAUAAUGUAAGGCCAAUCUUUCAUUUUUUUAGCAAAAAUCUAGGGGCUUCCAUCAGAACACAUUAAA